AUGGCUGCCGUUCUCGAUCUGGCGGCUCCGUCACCCCCUCAGGGAGACCGUCAUGGUGCGGCUGUCGAUACUACUAGGUCCUCGAAUCAAGAAAUCGAGGCCUCUGGGAGCGCCACCGGUUCGACACUGGCUCAAAUUGGGGCGAGCAAGACCACACGGACUGCUGCCCCGCUCGGUGGCAUCGCCGGCUCCUUGAUAUCUUCGACGACGUCGGUGGACGCCGCCUUACAAAAUCGGGACGUAUGGUCUCGCACCGGCACGACGGACACGCUACCGCGCCAUUCUCACCAACCGUCAGAACUGGGUGGUGAGGAGUUCUGCCAAGAUUGCAGCUAUUCCGACGAUGAGUUGCAACACUACGCCGAGUUCUUGAAGUCAACCGUCCGGGAUCCUUCAAUAAAGGCUGACUUCCAAAGAGCUUCCCAAGUGGCACUAGAGCGAAGACUAUUCCUGGACUGGAUGUAUGAAACCCAGGACACCGGUCCCUUUCUGGUGGCAGAGCUGCCGCCCGGCAUUGCUUGGGAGUUCUGUCGACGUGGGAACAUCGAAACAUUUCGUAGAAGCAGGCGUCACUAG